AUGUCACCUCCUGCCAAACGAAGCCUUGUCAUAUUGUACGGAAUCGGAGGACUAUCUGAUGUUGGCCGUCAUGCCAUUCUUGCAGCGCUUGAGAAGCCUGAAGUCUCCAAGAUUACUGUCAUUACAGAACAUCCCGAAAAAUUGGAUGAGAAGAAAUGGGAGUCUCAUGGCGAGAAGUCGAAUCCUUUCAACAACCCUGAGUUUGCACCGAGAUUAACCAUGGUGAAGGUAGAGGGCUCGUGGAAGAAGCCACAAGACAAUUUUGCCACUCACUUUGCUGGUGCUGAUGCAGUCAUCAGUUGUCUUGGUCACCGACAGCCUGGUAUUCAGAAUAAGGAACUUCUGAAAAAGGGAUUGAUUGCAUGUGAUGGGAAUAAGCAGGUCAUUCAAGCCAUGAAGGAAGCCAAAGUUGAAAGAGCAGUUGUCAUUUCUUCCAUGGGUUUGAAAGGAGACGAUGGUGCUUGGCCACACUGGGCGGCCAAGGUUUUGAAAUACAUGUUGAAGACGGUUGCUAGAAAGGCCCGAAAGGACUUGGAGGCCAUGGAAGCACUCUACCUCGAGUCACCAUUAGACUACUUGUUUGUUCGCCCUGUUGGUAUCAGCGAAGAACGUGAGCCAGUAGGAACAUACUUUGUUCAAGAUCCAGGAAACAAAAAGGAGGUAGUUGGCGGUGACACGGCCAAAAUUGAUGUUGCUCGGUUUAUGGUGGAACAAGCCCUAAAUCCAACCUUUCACAAGACAAGUAAGGUGGUGGGGUCCGAGCCAGGAUCACCAAUGUAG